AUGAACAAAGUCCCUGAGAUCAUGGCCCGCGAGGGCGAGCCCGACCCAGAUGUCUUUGUCAAGGCCGAUGCCUUCACAAAGAAAACAUAUAGAGACGUCUACUCCGCCAUCGAUCCCACGCGCCCCAAUCUCUCACAAAAAGGCAAGGUAGUGGUCAUCACAGGCGCGAGCCGCGGACUGGGACGAUACUCCUUUGCUGCGUCAUUUGCACGUGCCCAUGCGGAUGCCAUUGUCCUUCUUGCGCGCUCGAGAGAAAACCUUUCUCAGACGGAGACAAUGGUUAAGAGCAUCAGCCCAUCUACAAAAGUCCUUUCAAUUGCGGUGGAUGUCACUGACUACGACUCUGUCAAGCGCGCAUUCGAUGAGAUCAUUGAGCGGCUGGGGAUUCCGCAGGUCCUCGUGAAUAAUGCUGGGGUAAUCGCUUCGCAAUGUCGGAUUGUGGAUGACGAUCCAGAUUUCUGGUGGAGGACGCAGGAGGUAAAUGUCCGGGGUACAUUUAACGUUACCCAAGCUUUUCUGAAAAUUGUUGGCCCAAGCCCUGCUGCUCCGACAGCAAUUAUCAAUCUCACCUCCGCGGCCGGUCACUAUGUUGGUCAGAAAUUGAGCUCAUACUGUCUCACUAAAUUAGCCAUCACGCAGUUCACUGCAUUUCUUAAAGAUGAGCAUCCGCAGAUCACCAGUGUGAGUCUUCACCCGGGCAUGAUCCCAACAGAUAUGGGAAACAGCGCCUCUUGGCUAGCACCGUUCAUGAAAGAUACGGCAGACCUAUGCGGGGGCACAGCCGUCUGGCUAUCCAGCGGAGAUAGACAGUUCUUGUCGGGGAGAUAUGUAGCUGCUAAUUGGGAUGUGGAAGAGCUGGAAGCAAGGAAGGAGGAGAUUGUUCAGGACAAUCUGCUUACCGUUCGUCUUAAUGGGCGUUUUGGGGAGUAA